AUGUCUCUAGCUAUUAAAAAGAGAAGUUGGGAAGAACACGUAACUGAAUGGAUGGGAUUGUCUUCAAGUUUUUCUGGUCAUGAUACAAUAUGUUGCCACAGACUUACAUCAGAUAAUUUAAAAACAGCAAUGGACAAACAUGAUGUCUUAACGGUGGAGCAAAAGGAGAAAGAUCCCAAUAUUUCAGAAUGUAUUUAUGUUGGUGGUUGCAACCACCUUUUAGAAAAUGAAAAACAAAUAUCAAAAGAUGUGGAUGAGAAUGACAACCUUGAUAUGAAUGGUCAUUACAUUUCACCAGAAGUAGAAUCAGUGGUUCAUUAUCCCGGUGAAGGUUAUUAUGAUAGUUGUAAGAUAAAUAGUAAAAUGUUAUGUCUUGAUGGACCUGUUUCAGAAAGUGAUGUUUUGCUACAGGAUAAUCUGAGCAAUGAAAGUCCAAAGCAUGAAAAUCGUGGAGCUGACAACAUAUUGGACUACAGAAAAACACAAAACGUGGAGGCAACAGAAGGCGAACAUGUGGAUAGUACAAAAGAAAUCAACCAAGAUAAUUUGCAUAUAUUAAGCUUCACUUCUGGGAUUGAUGCUCCAGUAGAAACCAUAUACCGAAGUACAGAUGUGGCGGAAAUUGGAAUGCCUGGAGAACAGCUGCUAAAGUCUGCUUUAAUUGCACAGAAAAGGAGAAAAUCUGAUGUAUCAAAAGAUGGUCAUGGAAAAAAUAUCUGUGAUGUGCUUGAUGAUUCUUUAUGUGGUAAAUGUGUAGAUGUUUGUUGUCAAUUAAUGUCUGAAACAUGUCCCAAAGGCUGCUUGAAUACUUCUCAUAUGUGUUCACAUACAAGUUGUAAAGAAAAUGGAAUAUAUAAUAAUAAACUCACAGAUCUUUCUGAUGCAAAAAAAGAAGACAAACAAAGUGCAAGUUCAAAAGAUGCUGCACAAAGUUUAGAACCGAAGGAUAAAAUUCCCACUUGUGGAAUAGCAUAUGAACAGGUUAGACUUCGAAGAAAAAAGAAACUAAAGGAAAGCCGAGAUCGUUCAAAACUGGACUCAAUGGUGCUGCUUAUAAUGAAACUGGAUCAGCUUGACCAAGACAUAGAAAAUGCUCUCAGUACUGGGCAAUCUCCAUCCUGGACUCCUACACUUAAACAAAGAGACAUACCUAUAGAACAGCAGGAACCAAUCAGCAGCUAG